AAACAUGGCGACCGCCUAGUUGGCACUUUCCGAGAAUAUUACAAUUUUAUUGAAUUUCUUACUGAAAAGAUAAUCAAGAUAAUUUCAAACGAAAUGAAAGCCAAGAGCAGUGUAAUUGUUUUCAGGUAAUUAAAAGGAAUCGUCAAAAUGUCGUGGCUUGGCGGCGGUAUCUCCCAACUUACUGGACAGAUUUCUAACUUCACACGAGAAGUGUUGAGUGAGGGUACUGAAGAAGUUAGCGAUCAUGUAUCAGAAUUGAAAGUGACCAAGGAUAAGAUCCAGGAGUUGGAUUUGGUGGUCUCCUCUCAGAAAUCAGAGAUUGAGCGUUUGAAGCAACUGAACCAUGAGCUUGAAGAAAAGGCAGAGUCAUCUGAACUACAGAUCAAUACUAUAUCCAAGGAAUACAGGAAUCUGUUGGAGGAAAAAGAAGGUGAAGUUAAAGCUCUCAAGCAGAAGCAAAAUGAGUUGCUCGAAAUCCAGAAAAAAAUGGCUGCAUCGGCUGCUGCCUGGGGCUCUACAGCUUUUAGUCACAGCACUUCCACCUCUCAGUUGACGUCUCCCUACGUGCAGCAGUCACAGCAGACGGGUCUUGAUCUUGAUCACCAUGAUGGCAUGGACUUUGGUGAUGUGAUCUCUUCACAGCAUGAGAUCAACCAGUUGUCCCAGCAAGUGCACAGUCUCCAGGCUGAGGUGGACCACUGGAGGCAGGUGGCUGCCUCUUUGGGAGGCUUGCACGGCGAACAGGAAGGUGGACAGAACCAAGGCGAAAUUCACAAACUCAAGCAGGAAGUCCAGGAGCUUCGCCAUCAGUUGCAUCAGGCCAUAGAUGAUCACCAGCAUGAACUGACCACACUGCAAGAUGUCCACUCUGAGAAACUGACCGCGCUGAAACGUCAGCAACGACAAGAAACUAAACAGUUGCAGGAAGAGAUUGCAGACCUGCAGCAACAGUUAGAUCAAAGUUUUAGCAAUUCUGGAGAAGACUACCAAAAUGAAGUCCAAGGCAAGUUGUCUGAGUACAAGAGUCAGUUGUCUGCUGCACUACAGGAGAAGGAAAUGGCAGAACAGGAACUUGAGAAGUCGAGAACUGGAGAGAAGGAAAAGACCAGAAAACUGCAGGCACUCACAAAGCAAAUGGAGGGAUUACAGAAACAAAAACAAGAGCUGACAGAGCACAUUGAAAGUUUAAGCAAAGCAGAGAAGCAACUACAACAGGAAUUAUCUACAGCUACAGAAGAGAACAAACGGCUCAAGAAUGACCUAGCACAACAGCAGACAUUUGGGUCCAGUCCUGAAGUUGAUGAGGGUCAAGUUCAAGCAAAUCAGGAUGACCAGAGGUUGCAGGAGGAAAAUGGUGAGCUAAAGGCUCAAGUCCAACAGCUGCAGAAAGAACUGGAAACUGUCCGUGGUGAGCAAGAGCGUUAUCAAACCGCAAUGGAAGAUCUGCGCUUAGAACUGCUAGAGAAGAACUCUCUUAGAAGAACAGACUCCGAGGAGACAUUGGAGCAAACAACAGAUAAUUCAGCCAAUAUUACUGGAUCAUUUGGUGUAGAUAUUACCAGCAGCACCCCACUUCAUCCUAGAGGCAGAGGUUACAUGAACCAGGCCAGUAAAAAUGUGGACAGUGACACUGGGUCCAUCAUGUCAACAGCUUCUGAUAUCUCUUGGAAAAACCGACAACUUGAUGAGCAAGUCCACACCUUACAAAGCCAGAUAGACAAGUAUGAAGAAGAAAUUGAGCAGUUUGAAAUGGUGCAGUCUGAUUGGCAGGUGGAAAAACAGGCCUUGGAAGACGUCCUAAACAAGUUACGUGGGCAGUUACGACAGAAGGAGGAGUCCUUAAAUGUGGUGCAGGCUGCCAAGGUUUAUUCAAAGGGCCUUAUUGAGGUUGGCAAGCAUGAAAGAAAAUUACAGAGGGCGGGGCAAUUGGGUUCCCCUCCGGUUGAAAUGAUAUCAGAACCGGCAGCCUCUUGUGCCUCCCCGGCAAUAGUUGAGACUGGAGAGAUUCAGUCAGAAUCACCAGUUCCAGACACAGAUAGACUUGAGCAUGAGCGAGAUGUUCUCCUCUUACAGAAGAACCAGCUAGAGCAGGAAGUUCAGCAACUGAGGGGUCAGCUUCAGCAAAUGGACAAAGCCCAACAUGAUGCCAGUGUGGAAGCCUUAAGCCAGGAGAAAACCAAUGCAAAGCUAGAAGAGCUCCAGUCUGCUCUACUUGAAAAAACAAAUGAACUUAGAGAAGUUACUGAAGAGAAAGAUGCAUUAGUGGCUAGUCUGGAUGAAUUGGAUUCCCAACACCAGGAGGCGCUGAUGCAAGUUCUUAAAACUCGUGAUGAUCUCAAGAAUCAACUCAGUGCUUCAGUGGAACAUGUUGGUCAGCUCCAAGAACAGGUUAAGAGUCUGGGGACUGAGAAGCAGCAGUUGUCUUUAGAGCUCAGCAGCCUCCAGACUGCCAGUGUCAGCAACAGCAUGGUGGAAGAUGAGAUCAACAGGCUCAGGAAUCAACUGCUACAUUCCACAGAAGAGAAAGACCAGCUGGUGAACACGCGGAACAAUUUAACGGAGCAGCUGACAGAGUUACGCCAACAGCUUAUGGAAGAGCAGGAAGCUGCUUCGCACAAGGUAGAACACUUCGAGAUGGAACUGAACACCAGCAGAAGUCAAGUCCAAGAGCUCAGCAUUGAAAAGACCAAACUGAUGCAGCAGUUACAAGUAGAGGAAGAGAUGUUAAAGCAGAAAGAGCUAGAUCUUUCCCAGGAACAUUCCAAGGUGAACUUGUCUGCCAAUGAAGCACAGCAGCUGACUCAGGAGAAAGCCCAGCUGAUCAGAGAGAUAGAGAUGCUUCAGGACCAACUUGAUGAGGGAGGUAGAAGUCUAAGUAGACUCCAAGCCGAAAAGGGUAAACUAACGCAUACCGUCUCUUCUUUACACCAUAGCCUAGAGGACCUAAGGGCAACACAUGAGGCUUUGAAAGCUGAAAAAGUCGAUCUUUCAAAGACUUGUGUUGAGUUAGAGUCAAAGCUGCAUUCAGCAGAAACCCAGAUUCACAGCCUUGAAGACAGUUCUAGGACAGAAAGUGAAAGUGUGGCCAGUCAAAAAUUGCUUCACCAAGAUUUACAUUCUCUGCAGCAAGAGCUAGACCAGACCAGACAAGUCAGUGCAGAAUACAGGACUAAACUGGCAGAUUCUGAAAGUAGAUUAAGAGAUCUGGAGGUGAAACUUACCCACCUAGCUGAAGAUAAUGAAGCUUUGCAAGAGACCCUGGGUUCAAUGAAAGAAAAACACAAAGCCCAAAUGGAAGCAUUAGAAACUAAAUACACCAAAUUUAAUGAAGAUCUAGAGACACAGAUCGACUCUUUGAAAGAUCAAAAAGAGUCAUUGGAAAAAGACCUUGACUUGGCUGAGGGGAAGCUGUAUGACCAGACUAAACAUUAUGAAAAAUACAUAAAAGAAUUGGCAGACUCGAGAGAACUUGAUGCCAACUCUUUACAAGCAGAGCAUGAGAAACUAAUGAAAUUAACUCAUGCAAAAGAUAGAGAAAUAAGAGAGCUGAAAUCUAGGUGUGAAGAAUUGACAGAGGAGUUGAAAGAGUCUAAAGAGAUGCUGGAAUCCACCUUUGAAGGGCAAAAACCCUUGACUGAUUUGCUGCAAGAGAGAGAAAAUGAGCUGUCCGAGUUGAAAGCAGAGAAUGCCACUUUGUUGUCACAGGUAGAAGAGCAGGCCCAGAAAUUGGUUGAUCAAGAGGCCUUAAACCAUGAACUCACCGAGUCUAAGAAACAGGUCUCCACAGUCAGGGAAGAAAACAUUCGGUUAAAGACAGAAGUGACAGUUCUCAAAGAGAAAGAGGACAAGAACAAGAUUGACACUAAAACCUUAGACAUUAUCACAGAUCUUGAAUCAGAAAUCACCUCUUUACAUGGUAAAAUAAGGGGAAAAGAUAAAGAAAUUGAAGAUCUUAAGGAAAUGAUGGCUGAACUUGAAACAGGGAUCACAGAUUUAAAUGAAAAAAGUGCAGAGCAAGUGGCAAAGCUACAAGAAUCAGAGGAGAAACAUGAGCUUGUUGAAACCAAGAUGGUUGUUCUCAGUCAGAGUAUGCUUCAAAAAGAGCAGGAAAUUGGUGAUCUUGAGAAGAAACUUGAACGAGCUAAAUCUAUGCUAGAUGGAAAGCAGCAGCACUAUGUUGAAACUGAAGAAGAAGAACCAACUAAGCCAAACUUUAACCUUCCUGCAAUAGAGUACAAAAACAAAUCAGAACCAGUUACUAAUGGCAUUGAAGAUGAGAAGAGUAGAAGGGAGGAAAAUGGAACAGCCACUGUCAAGGAAAUUAAGGAAAAGGACAUGGAAGAUGGACCCUCUAAAGAUGAACUGGAACAGCAAGUCUCUGACUUGAGAAAGGUAUUACAUGACAAAGAUGAAGUGAUUGCAUCUAUGCAAGAAAACAAUGACUCAUUACUUAAAAUGUUAGAAGACCGCUCUUUCAGUAUAUACAAAGAUAGAACUUUAGUAGACCUUCACAAGGCUCAGAACCAAGUCAAAUCCCUGCAGGUUGAAAGGGAACAGAUUCUUUCAGUGCUCAAUGAAAAAACACGUGAGGGUAGCUCCCUUAAAAGCGAAGUCCACCGUCUAAUGAAUGUGAUAUCUGCUGAAAAGGCAGCCAUCUCUAAACUUCAAGAAGACAACCAAAAACUGGUGACAAACUCUCCGAUGCGUGAGGCGCCAGAUGAGGAUAUGACAAGGGAGGCUAUUCAGAACCUCUCUCACAUGGUGCGUAACAAGGAGAUGGAGAUUGAGGCCUUGAAGCAGAAAAAUGAAACUUUACUCAUGGUGCUACAGGAAAGCUCGCCUAACUCACCGGCACCACAAAAGGGUGCCACCGUGAUGGCAGGUGGGGGUGCUAAUACAAACAGUGUACAAGUUGGACUCCUGAUGCAAGAGAGGGAGAACUUGUCAAAACAACUGGCUGCAUAUCAGCAGGACAGGGAGCAAAUCAUUGCUGCUCUUACACAAAAACACCAAGAGAGUGUUGCCUAUCACACUGAGAUACAAAGGUUAACAGCUUGCCUCUCUACAGAGACACAGAAAAUGGACAAGGUGCAAACGGACUAUGACAAACUUAGCCAGCAGUUUGAAGACAGGCAGCAGUCACUUGUCAAAGCACAAAAUGAUUUGGCCAACUACAAACAAAAAUAUCAAGAAUUAGAUGAGAGGUACCAAGAACUCUCACAGCACCAGUUUGGCCAGGUAGACACUGUAGAUCUUAGUUUAUACAAUUCAAAGUGUGAAGAGCUUAGCCUUCUAAAUGAUAGACUAAAAAAGCAGAGUGAUAGUAAUUUAGAAAAGGACUCCAGGAUUGGGGAAUUGAUAAAUCAGGUCAGUAAGAACGACGAACUUUUGUCAUCAAGGGAAAGUGAGUUAAAUGCUACGAAAAAGAGACUUGAAAGCUUGACAUUCCAGCUAGAUGGUGUGCAUGCAGAACUUAAAGAUGUAGAGAAGGACAGAGCUGUAUGGAAGCAAAGGACAACAGAGCAGCAGUCUGAAAAUGAAAUGUUGAAAGAGUCCUUGAACAGGAUGUCUCUUGGUGUCCAAGAAAAAGACUUUGAGAUUAACACUCUUCAAGAGAAGUGUAAAACAUUGACUAAAAUGUAUGAGGAGAAGGGGGAUGAGAACAGCCCUCAGUUGCAGCAAAUGCUUAAGGAUUGUGAAGCAUGGCAGGCUCAGGCGCAGACAUUCCGUCAGGAGAGGGAUCAGGCCGUACUGAACAUGCAGCAGGUGCAUGCAGAAAAUAAGAAUCUUAUAAAUGAGUUGCAAGCACUAAGAGAUCAGAACCAGAAAGCUCAGAAAGAACUGGAACGACUGAGAAACCACCUGCUCCAAACAGAAGAGAGUUAUGUUCAGGAAGCCCUGCAGUCUGAAGAGCGAGAAAAGCAGUUGCUCAAUCGUCUUCACUCAGCAGAAGAAAAAGCACUGGCUUCAGACACAGCCAUCCAAGAGUCAGAUCAACUGAAGGACCAACACAUUGAAAGUCUGAAGGAGCAAUUGUAUGUGAUGUCGCAGAAGAAGGAUGAGGUUACUGCCCAGCUUAUACAGACACAAAGUAUACUUCAGCAGUAUGCUGCCUCUGUUACUAAUCUACAGAUGGUGCUCGAGAAAUUCCAAGCUGAUAAAAUUGCUGAGGAAGAAAUGCACCAGGAACAGAUCAGGAAAGCUCAGGAAGAAUCCAUGCAACUGAAGGCCCAAAUAGCAGAUUUACAGAACCAGAUGGUAGAAGCCUCUGAUGCCUUGGAUGCAGCUCAGCGUCUCAGUGAACAGAUAGACAAGAAGGAAGACGUGGUGCAGGCUCUCAAGGAAGAAGUACACCAGCGUGAUGAGCUGUUAAGAGAAGCAGGUGAAAAAAUCCGCCAGCUGACCAGUGUAACGGAAGGUCAAGUGGACAAACUUAUAAUGAAGAACCUGUUCAUGGGCUACUUCCACACCCCACCAGCCAAACGCCAGGAUGUGGUACUGCUGAUCUCGCGGGUCCUGGACUUCACCUCAGAGGAAAUGAAAAAGGUCAUGGAAGAGAGCAGUGGUGGAGGUGGCAGACGAUGGAUUCCAAUUCCCAGCAUCUGGGGCAUGGGACGGUCUCCUUCCACUGACCCGCCAAAGACUCCCACAAAGCAGCCACAGCAAGCGCAGAAAAGUUUUGAUCAGUCAUUUUCUGAGUUGUUUGUCAAGUUCCUGGAGCGGGAGUCAAGCCCUCAGCCACAGCUCAAACUCCCAGUGGAUCAAAUGGUCAGGGAGGAACAGGAAAAACAGCAGCAGCAGCAAAAAGCCAGUUUCAAUCCGUUUGCUGCUCCACGCCAUGUCGCCUUUCCACUACAAAUGGCUUCUUCAGAGCCUUCAUCAGAACUUCUACAGCCUCAUUUUGGUGGCCUGGCGGACUUGAAACUGUCCCCUUUACCGACAUUGUUAGCGGACUCAUCUAAUACUAGCUCAUUGAACAAUACACCAAACACAAGUCGUCCAUCUAGUCGACAAGAUAAAACACAGCAUACGUAACAUAGUCAUGUGAUUCCUAGACAUAGUAGUUUAAUAUUGUAGAUUCCCCUUGCAUUGAUGAAGAUCAUGUAUCUCUUAUUUCUUUUUCAAUUUGAAGAUGUAUUAUGUAAACAGUAUUUCUUUAGUAGCAUCACUCUAAAUAUUUGGGAUAAAGCUCUUCAAUAUUUUAGUCAGAAUGCAUUAUCAGACUGAUCAUGUUGUUAUGGUCUGCUACAAAAUGAGACGAUUCAAUAAACACAAUUUCAAAUCUUUCUUUUCAAACAAACACUCUUAUUUCAUAUCAUGGGAAAAGGUAACUUGUUGAUUCUGUGCGUAUAGUCUGUGUGUAUAUGUUUUAACGUUACAACUAACUUAUUUGUGUUCGGGGGAAUUCCUGUUACCUACAUACACGGUAUAUAAUCUAAGGAGAAUAUUUAUGUGAUGUAUGCGCAUUUAAAACGUACCAAGAAAUGAACGUGAAAUUCUGUAUCUACUGACCAGUUGCAUUUUAACUAAUGAAAAUAAACCAUCG